GGGAGCGAUUCCUCCUCCUCUCUCUUACUUUUGACCGUUUCUCGUUAUGUUUCAACCACUUCGUUCACACUUCCGCCCUGAAAAGGCACGAUGCCGUCUGACCGAUAAGAUUAGCAAAGAGGAGAGUGAUAACGGCCAGUUUGUGUUUGGGCAGUGCCAGUGUGGUGACUCUGCUAGUGUAGCUUAAAAACGUCAAAGCUUUACGACAGUGUGGAACUCCAGAAACGUGUUUGUUGAUGUGUGCCUAAGAUUCACAGCCUAUACAGUUGCUGCAUAUAUUUAACAACAAGCGCCCUGCUGUAAGGUAAUUGCGUACAAAACCUGCCACGAGAAUGUCCGGGCACUCGGGAUCUUCAAUAAAUCCAAUGGUUGCAGAAAAUUCUCCCUUGGCCACAGUCCCGGAGCUUGUCAAGCGCUUUUCGGUUUCCAAACUCUCCGAGAGGCCUGAAGACCCGCCAGUCCCUGGGAUGUCCUCGGAAACUCCUGCGCCCUCCGCAAAGAGCCAUCACCGGCCUUGGCAGGAUUCCCUCCACACGGUAUCCAAGGCCUUGAACUUUCUGCUGGCCACCGGGAUUCACUCCGACGUGACAUUUGUGGUUGGCAGGGAGGGUAAGCAAUUUAAGGUGCACCGCCUGAUACUGUCGAUGAGGAGCCCGGUCUUCGAAGACUUAUUGAUUGCCAAUCCGGCGGAUUCCAGCGGAGUGGUAGUUCUGAAUGAGGACUCGCCAGGUGCUUUCAAUUGGUUAUUAAAUCAUAUAUAUUCCGACAAAACUGACUUGGAUAGCAUUGAUAAUGCCCUCCUCGUUUUGGGGCUAGCAGACAAGUACAUGAUUGCCAGCGCGUACGACACAUCAAUAAGGUACCUACAAACUAUAGUGAAGCGGAACAACGUGUUGAAGAUUUACCAGCACCUGGUCCACCUCUUUUCGGACAACGACUCUCUCAGGGGCCUCUGCAGAAGGAUAUUCACUGACAAUGGCAACGCUGUUUUAAUUUCCUCGUCGCUACUUGACCUGACACCGGAGGCCAUGGCGCAGCUCUUGCAAGAGCCACUGAGAGUCACUUCAGAAACAGUUAUCCUCAAGGCUCUUGUGUCAUGGGGCCAGGCCCAGCUGAAACUGCAAGGAAAGCAACUCACUCCCUCCAAUCUCCGAGAGCAAGUCGAGCCCUUCCUCUCCGAAAUAAGAUUCCUAACGAUGACGUCAGAAGAGUUCGUGCAAAAUGUGGUGACGUCAGACAUCCUAACGCCGGAUGAAACUGUCUACGUGUUGAAGAAUAUUGCUAAGCCUGGCGAAGUAGCACCUGCCAGCAGGAUCAACACCAUCACGAUUAAUACAUCGAGGGUGAACAGGUCGUCUUUGAUAACGAAGGACCAGAUGCGUUCGUGCGUCUGCGAAGGAGUAAACAAAACUUGGCUUAGAGACUCCGAGUAUGAAUUUCAGUUCGUGGCCUCUGACAAUAUUGUUCUUUUAGCCGUCAAAGUCCAACUGGGAGGAGGGGCGGAGGACAUUCAGCUUGAUAUCCGGAAGGAGGACCCGAGAGCGAACGUCCUAGCAAGUGUCGAGACCGUCGGGAACAAUCUGGCUUUCAAGAAUCCUGUUCACCUGCGGGAAGGAAUCACAUACGUCUUUACGCUCAAGGUUAAGGAUCCACAGACGUCACUCUACGGAUGCAGGUAUUCCAAGCAGAUCUAUGAAGCGGAGGGUUUCGUCAUCACUUUGAGUUCCGGAGUAUUCAUACAAGCAGUCGUGUUCAUAUAGACAAAUAUCAUAAUAGACUAAAAUGAACCCAAACUACUUAACUUGGAAGCUUAGUCUUUCGAACCAAACGAAGUUUCUGAAGCUGCUGGAGUUUGUGUAAGUCUAGGAAUCUAAAAAGUAAUGUACAAAACAAAAAAAAUAACACCGUAAAAGGCUUUUUCACAAACUUUCACUUAAACCUUCUCUGUAUUCUACUCACAUAUAAACAGUAUGAAAAUACAAUGAAUAAAUAUGUGAAAAUUAGUUUCUUAUA